GUUGCCAGCUGCGGAGAUGCUGCGGCUACUGUGCAUCCUGCUCUUUCUGCCUCCAGUUCAUCCAGCUCACUCUCACAAAGGCACGCCUGGACUCCUCUGCACAAAUGACUUUGUUAACAAUGUCAGCUGUAGCUGGACCAGUUCCUGGCUUGGUGCUGCUGAGGACUGCUGGAUUACUGGGAAGAAGAAAAUUUGGAACAUAGAUUUUAAGCCUUACUUUAUGAUCCGAACGUGCAAACUGAAACGACUCCAAAAUUCUUCUCUGGGCUGCAGCUUUGUCUUUGAAAACAGAGAAUUCCACGGUUCUGAACUUCUGCCGAUCGCUUUAACGUGUAACAACACACUGGUCGAGGAAAUGAAAAACUACGAGCCAGAGUAUCACAUUAAAAUGCAACCUCCAACAGCUCCCACGGUCAACAUCACAGCUAAUUACACCCUGAUAUCAUGGAGUCUGGAGUCUGUCUCCCGGUAUUUCCAGUCUGGCUUCAGCUUCCAGCUUCAGGUCAAACAGAGAGAAGAGCAAUGGAAGGACUCCAGAAAGUUUUCUACCAAUAAGCAAGAGCUGAGAUUUCCUGUGGGGGAACUAAAGGGCCACAUGGAGGCCAGAGUUCAGGUCAUGCCACUUAAAAGAUACAACAGCCACUGGAGCGACUGGAGCCCAACAGCAUCCUGGGUGGAUUUGGAGGAUAGAAAAGACUGGUCACCAGAUCAGUACCCAGUGAGAUGGAUCUUACUCCCACUCGGCUUGUGUCUUGUCGUUGUAGUUGUGCUGGCCAACUACAAGAUCUGCAAAACCAGAGGGCUGCUCAAAGGGAAGCAGGUGCCAAACCCGUCGGGAUACUUCGAAACUCUCCACUCUGUCCAUCAAGGGAAUCUGAAAGAAUGGCUCAAUCCCCUUUCAGAGACCCAGUCGUUCUGCGUGACCCCUUCGUGCGACCAGAUCUCCCAUGUUGUGGUGUGUGAGGACUGGAAUGAGAGUGUGCACUCCCCCUCUCUAACGUCCACCUCCACUAGCACCCUUUUUCACUUCCACAGGUACCCCACCACCGGCUCAGACACCAACGCCAUCAUCUACAACUCCUCCUCUCUGUCCAGCUUCUCAAACAAGGGUUAUUUCAUGUCCAGCUCCUCCGGUGGCUCCGCUCGGACCAACCCCAACCCGGCUUACUUCACCUAUCAUGACAGUUUCCAGAACCUUCCCCACAUCCACAUCCCUCACCUCUCCCCGUCUGAUCCUCUCACUUCAUGUCCUGAAUAUGAGAGUCUAAAGAGGGAGCCAGAGAGCCCCGACUCCGGUUUUGGCAUUAUGAAGGACGACGAAAUCAAAGAGACACAACGAGUGACUUGCGGAGAAGGGGAGGAGGUUCUGAAAGAUCAAAGUUCCCCGCUUCGUUUCUUUCCUCUUCAGCUUCCUUGUCACCCUCCUUCUUUUCCAUCAGCUCAUCCUUCCACUUUGACACAGCCCUCUGAAAGCCAGCCGAUGGAUGUGGCCGACACAGAUACCAGCAGUGGCUUGGCUGCUCAGCUUGGCGCCGGUGCCAUGUGCAGGUCCUCCUCUAUGCCCGUGGAGCCCUUCAAAAAUGGCUAUCUGACGCUUAAAGAGCUACAGAUGACAUUCAGCAAUAAAUCCAUCUAAAAGCUGACCAUGUAAAAAAACUAAGAGCUUGACUGGUCAGUUAGAGCAGUUCGGGAAACAUUUCUAAGGAAAAAUCCCAGCCAAAAGCUAAACUUGUGAAGAAAAUUCAAAGACAGAAGUAAGGGAAUGGGUCAUAUACUUUAAUGUCCGCAAGUCUUUAUAGCAAAUUAGAUAAAAUGACUUGAGAAUCGGUCUUAAACAGAAAAUUUGCAAACAAUUGUGCGAGAGGGUAGAGCGACCUUAGAGCCUAUAACGACUGUUUUUACAGACACUUCUAAAAUCAUGUGUCUUAGAGCUGUUUGAAAAAGGAAACCAGGGCAGAGGUGAAGUUUAUGUGUUUUAACUCAGGUGUUUCUAUCACUCUUUUUUUUUUUUUUUACCAUUUACUGUAAAGUUUCGGGUGAAAGAGAGACUGUAUUGACUGCUGCCGCUCCCAUUCUGUUUAUGUAAUGUGACCUGCUCUGUAAGUUUUCUCCGCCUAUGAUUACCUAUUGCUGGAUGGACACAAGUUACAAGCCAUAAUGUCAGCAAGCCUUAUCAAAACAGAGCAGACGUGCUAAUGUUAGCCUAUUGCACUACAGCUAACAUCUCUGCAUUACAAACAUGGUCGUCAUGAGCAAGAUGUGAGUUUAUGGAAAACAGGCAGAAGAUAGGUAAAGUUAUGCAUUUCCUUGAUGAUAUGUUGCUUGUAAAUUAUGGUUUUCUGUAUCAAGUUAACUCAUGUUGGAACAGAAACUCUGGUUGGAGCAAAAUACCUGUAACUUUCUAAAAAUGCAUAGACUGCAGCAUCUUUUGUGAGUAAGAUAAGCGGGACGCAAUCACAUUAUUAAUGUAUACCAUGUAAUAUUGAUGAAAUAUAAUGUGUCUUUUAUUUUUAUGAAGUAUCACACUGGAAAUAUGUACUGCCAUUCAUGUAUGAAGAACUCAGAACUGUAAAAAAAAAAAAUCCUUAUCUGGACCUCCCUAAGUAUUACGUUAACUUCUUCUGUGGCUGCUUUUUCAAAUAUAUGAUACAGAUGAGGUGAUCUGAACUGCUUUUCUCAUACUAUGAUAAAGUUUUUAAGUUGGUGAAACCUAAUUAAUUAGCUGCUAGAAGCUGCAUAGAUGUGAACAGAAGAAAACACCAGUUAAUCUGUGCUACUACUCCUAUUUUUUUAACUGUGCUAUAUUGUUUAAUCUCCUAUGGUUUAGCAUUAGUUAUCAACGUCUAUCCUGAAUAAAGAUGUAUACAACCAACUGCUA